GUCACAUCGAAGUAGAAGAGAGUAACACCAUGUCAGCUUCAACCGCAGCCAGUAGCGCAGGAGGUGCUUCGACAAGCGAUAAACAGCCCUGGCCCAAUUCGAAAGAUGACUACGAGCUGAGAGAUGUUAUUGGUGUUGGUGCCACAGCUGUUGUCCAUGCGGCCCUUUGCAUACCGCGUAACGAAAAAUGUGCUAUUAAACGUAUCAACCUUGAGAAAUGGAACACCUCCAUGGACGAGCUGUUGAAGGAGAUCCAAGCGAUGUCAUCGUGCAAUCAUGAGAAUGUCGUAACGUAUCACACUUCUUUUGUAGUGAGAGAAGAGUUAUGGCUGGUCUUGAGACUACUCGAAGGUGGCUCCCUUUUGGAUAUUAUAAAGCAUAAAAUGCGCACAACUAAUUGCAAGAAUGGUGUGUUUGACGAGGCCACAAUUGCCACCGUGCUCAAAGAGGUGCUGAAGGGUCUCGAAUAUUUCCAUUCAAAUGGCCAGAUACAUCGCGAUAUAAAGGCCGGUAAUAUUCUCAUUGGCGAUGAUGGCACCAUUCAAAUUGCCGAUUUCGGUGUAAGUGCCUGGUUGGCAACCGGUCGAGAUUUGUCGCGGCAAAAGGUGCGCCAUACGUUCGUGGGUACUCCUUGUUGGAUGGCACCCGAAGUCAUGGAACAAGAUCAUGGGUAUGACUUCAAAGCUGAUAUUUGGUCCUUUGGUAUAACAGCCAUAGAAAUGGCAACGGGCACGGCUCCAUACCACAAGUACCCACCGAUGAAGGUGUUGAUGUUGACCUUGCAGAAUGAUCCUCCAACUUUAGACACAGGUUCUGAGGAGAAAGACCAGUACAAGGCAUAUGGCAAGACAUUCCGCAAGAUGAUUGUGGAAUGUCUGCAGAAGGAGCCGUCUAAGAGGCCCACGGCUGCCGAACUAUUAAAGAAUGCAUUCUUUAAAAAGGCUAAAGAUCGGAAGUAUUUGACACAAACAUUGCUGGCUUCUGGUCCAUCAAUGGAGACUCGCGUACAUAAGGCUGCAAAACGUCAGCCGGGUCAGUCAGGACGUUUGCACCGCACAGUUACCGGUGAAUGGAUGUGGUCGGAUGAGGAAGACGAUGGUAAACGACAUUCGUCUGACUCGGAAUCAGACGAGCGGCCUGUUAAUCGUUUAGAAAGAGCCGAUUCUUCCGAUAGUGAUCGGGAAGAUCAGUCAGAACACACUGAACCCACUGCCUCCGUAUCUGUUCCCCAACAUCAGGCACAUGCCUCGCUAAAUCAACCUGCGCAAACGCAGCCAUCACCUGCCACAAUGUCACCCAAUUCUGUGGCACAAGCCACAGAAGCAAUGGCGCAGAUGCCAGUCCCAUCCGUCGAUGCUAGUGGUGCUGGGGCCGAUGCUCCGCCCGUAAACCUUGUUUUGCGUAUGCGAAACAUUCGUCGUGAACUGCAUGACAUUCGUUUCGAGUUCGCUGUGGGUAAAGACUCCGCAGAAGGCAUUGCUGCUGAAUUGGUCGACGCCGGUCUAGUAGAUCCUCUUGACACACAGCCAAUGGCUAUAAAUUUGCAUCAGUUAAUCGAACAGCGACAUGCCUUGAAAACCGUAACGUUCCAAUUAAAUUCAGGGGUACAACCAGGUGAAGUACCCGAUGAUCGCUCGCUGGUCGGGUAUGCUCAAAUAUCAAUUACAGAUUAAAAAAUUUCUACUCCAGAGGAUGAUCAC